UGAGCGCACAGAGUUUCCGGAUCUCCACCGGAAGCCGGAAGUACUUCGGCGGCAAGGGAUUCCCUCUUCUGUUCUGCUUUUCACUCCCCCACCUCCGGAUCAUCGCAGAUACUGAUGCAGGAUCCUCAGAGCCAAACCUGUGAAAUGUUUUGCUUCAACAAGAGGUAGAAGAGCUACUACCAGUAUAGGAGGUAUUAAUAAGCCUCCUAAAUGAUGAUGGCAUUCAGAGACAAGACUGUGGAUGAGCUGAAGGAGCUUCAGGACAAUUCAGAGGAGAUUGAACGCUUGGCAUUGGAGUCUAAUGAGGUUCAGGAUGUCCAGUUGGAAAGGGAGAUGGCUUUGGCCACAAAUCGCAGUCUGGCAGAGCGGAACCUGAAGUUUCAGGAACCCCUCGAAACAGGGCGUGCAAACCUCUCGGACAAAUAUCACGAACUGCAGAAGCUGGUCGAACAAUGCCAGGAGCAAAAGGCAAAACUGGAGAAAUUCUCAGCAGCGAUGCAACCUGGCACCCUGUUAAAUCUUCUGGAGGUAGAAGGGCAGAAAAUCGAAGAAGAAUCUGAGAUGAUGGCUGAAAAGUUCCUGGAGGGCGAAGUGCCUCUGGAGACAUUCCUGGAGCAGUUUUCCUCCAUGAGGAAGUUGUCCCAUCUACGGCGGGUGAAAGUGGAGAAGCUUCAGGAAGUGUUGAGGAAGUCUCAGUCUUCCCAAGAGCCAGCCAGAAGCUCUGCGUUCAACCACCAGCAUCCUUCCCCGAUGCCUUCUGGGCCUGCAAACCAGCAGCCGCAGAAUAGCCUGGCUGGGGGACUGCCCUAUCCUUUACCUUACAGUCUCUCCCCUUGCAUGCCCACCGGCCCUUCAGCUCAUGGAGCUCUCCAGCCAGCUUCUUUUGCAGGAGCACCUGUUAUGGUGGGACAUGUCGCCUCCUCUCAGCCAAGUAGCCAAGCCCCAUAUCCAAAUAGAUCACCUUCUGGUCCUGGGUACCCACCUGUCUCUUCUAGCAGUUCAUUACCCCAGCCUCAGGUAGGAGACCCAUCUGCAUCCUCUGGGUACUCUUGGUCUCCCUCCAGAGCACCCCCUUCUGGACCAGGAUACCCUCAGCUUCCUGUUAGGGCUCCAUCUACAGGACCAGGAUACCCCCAGUCUCCAUUUUUUCCACCAGCGGGAAGGCCCCAGUGCCCUUAUCCUACCCAGCCUUCAGUGCCUAACUACCCCAUCCCUUCCCAGCCUCCAUAUCCCACAGGUCCAAGCCCACCGUUUGGGUAUCCACCACAUCCACCCCUGCCCCCUCAGGGCCCUUCUUGGCCAGGAUACUAGUCCCUGUUCCCAGGCAGUAUACUUUUUCAUAGCAGCCUGAUGAAUUGAUUUUUGCUAGCUGCUGAAGCCCAAGAUGAAAACUUGGGUGCAUCCUCUUGAGAGACAUACUUCCGUAAGCAUUAUAUUGAUGGCAUGUGUGGUUUGAUGCUGUAAGAGUCGGAAAGGAACGGCUGUGUGGGAUGGUUCCAUUUCCUGAGUAUCAGCAGGCAAUGACUGUUGGCAGCAUUCAGUGGCCAGCUGUACUGACUAAGCAGUCCGUCCAAGCCAUAGUAUAAAAUACAAAUCUAGGCCCAGACACUUAGCUGACGUAUACUGGCAUUGUUCCAAGUAAGCCGCUUACUGGCCGCAGCUUGGAUCUGGUCCUGUGCGUGUGUGUGUCGUUUUCUACUUUACUACAUUAGAGUAUCUAUAAUACAUAAAUAAAAUGGAUUCUGCUCACUUUAUAUUUUCCACGAAACUCAUGAUGGAGAAAUCAGGUCAGCAUUUCUGAUGUGAAGAGCAUGUUUUCCAGAAGAGGAAUGAAUGAAUGAUUUCUUCUGGCACCAAGAAAAUGUACUAUUUACUAGACAGUAGGUAGAAAGCACAGCCCAGCUAACACAAAUGGAGAAUGAAAAGCUCCCUCACCUAGCCUCAGCUGCAGUCAAGUGUCCAUCAGUCGGUCUGAGGUGGCUGUUCCCAUAGAGGUUAGCUAGUUUGCAUGUUCCUUUCCUCCAGUGUGUUUUUAUUAUGGCUUAUUUGUCUUUAUCCUCCCUUCUGAGGGUAAACAGUGGAUGUAUUAGUUGUACUAAUAAUUAGUAUGUGGAAGGUGUGAGCUAGCAGAUCUUGGAACGGUUCGUUGAACAAUAAGACAGCAAGUUUGACUUUUAUAGAAAGUCAAAUCGCUCUGUGUUUUUAUACGUGGGAAUAAUGGACAAAAUGUUAUUGUUCCUCUUUCCAUUGUUGAUUGUAGUUUGCUUCACUGAAGCAUGUAGGCCUCUUUGGCUGCCCUUUUUCUUCAGUAACCUCUUGGUGUAAGAGAGGACUUUGAUAAUGAAAGCCUCUCCCUCUUUGUUUGUUGUCCCACUUCAGCUGACAAGAAGAAACACUGGCUACCAAGUGAGGAAACCAAGGGGAUCUAAUGUAGAUCAAAAUAGCUUUGCUAAGCACUUUAUCCUUUUGCUUGCCCGUAAUUUAUUUUUUAAAAAUAGACUACUAAUAGAUAUGACCCGGUAGAAUGUGCCUGGAAUUUGAUGGAAGCAAUUCCAUAUCUGUGAUUAAUUAUGGUAAUAAAACUUGGAUGAAUUGCACAGAAGCUUAUGAUUAUGACUUUUGGAAAUGGAGUUGUGGUGAUUGAUAUCUGAUAUUGAUGCCUCUUUUUUGCUUGCUAAACAUCUUCCCUUCGACUUCUAGUUUGUGUCAAUAAGGCCUUUCACCUUUCAUCUCACAGAGUCAUAUGUUUCCUUGUCGUAUCUGAAUGUUCCUCGUGUCUGUGCCCUACUUAAGAGAUCCAUUUGUGCAUCUUUCUUCCCCAUGGACUAAUAAACUUUGCCCUUCUCAGCCUCCUUCAACACCAUGUUUCCUCUGUCUUGUCCAUUGCAAUUUCUACCAUCCAUUUGCCCUUUCCUUAUUGAUGUAUUUAGUGUUGUUCUGUUUCGGUAUACUGUAAUUAACCUCUCCUGUGGAAGGCAAUGACUUUUUAACUCUCAGCUCCCCAACUUUGAACUAUUAGCUUUAUCAUCUAUACUAGGUUAGACUCUAACCUAACACUAGAUCAGAGGUGAUAUACCUUCUUUGCUCCAAGGGGUGCAUGGGCCACAUGACAAAAGCGAGUAUAGCCACCCCAUACUCUCAUACACACUCUCGCAUGGAUGAGUGCAUGUCGACACAUACAAGACAAGUGUGAUGGGCCUUACCUUUGCCUGCAUGCACAUAGUUUUGCAUCACAAAUUAAUACAUUUUAUGUAGGAGGAGGAGAUCUUGGCAGUACUUGCAGAGAAUACAUUCUGAAAAUAGCUGUCCUAUGUGCACUAAAAUUAGGUCCUGGAGGACUGCAUGUGAAAAAUUCUGUUUGUAGAUAAAUAUGGACAGUACUCUGAAAACUGACUAUAGAAAGUAGAAUUGACCAGGGCUCUUAAGAUGGUUCUUAAAGAGUCCAAAAGCCAAAGUAAGCACAUUUCUUCCAUUUUUCUGCUUUGUAAAUAAAACUGUUUUCUUUUUCUUUUGUAAUCCCAUACAAAUCAAUGGAGUGGUUAAAUUGUCUAGGACAGAACAGGUUUUUUGUCUAGUCAAUUUCAUUCCGAAGGGAAACCACUUUUUUGUUUUUAACUGCAUUUCUAGUCUCAACUUUCUACCUUGGAACUUACAAUCGUAUGGUCUUUGCCUUUGUCUUUACAACAACCCUGUCAGGUAGGUCAGCUGGAGGUAACACAAUGAGCAUCACGGCUGAGUGCAGAUAUGAACAAAUCUCUCUCUACUAAUUCAACACACUAACCACGACACCAUGUGUGUAAUUACAUGUAUGGUAAUCUUUUAACCUACUAACAUCAUUUUUAAAAUUCCAGAAGUACCUUUAUAAAAAAAGUUCUUUGGAUCAGGAAGGGGGAGUAUUAUUAUUUAGGCACAGAGCAUGGCAACCUCCUAAAUUAUACUGAAGUUCCACAAUUAUUUAUAGGUUUUUACUGUGAGGAUCAUCGUAAGGGGUAACUGCGCACUUCACAAAGAAUUUCACUGGCAGCUUUCAAACUGCUGUCUCACUUUGCAACUGAAAACUAUGAAAUGGCUUCUGCAUCAUUUAAAUGUCUAAAAAGUCUUUGAAAUGUAUGGAAGCUUGUAUCAAUGGGUAUUGCAUUGAACGGGACGAGAGGCAACUUUGUACAAUAUGCCAACCAGCCUUUAGUCUCUGAACUGUGGCCCACCACUUAACUGUCAUUGUGCCCAGUCUCAAAUACAAAAUACAUUAAGCUCCUGCCAGUUUGCAUGUCUGGGGUGUCCCCUCCUGCUUUUAUUAUACUUCCAGAUAUUAAACAUGAAUAUACACAAUUUACAAAUUCCAGAUGCACUCACGUGCAAAACAAAGAGUUGACAUUAAAAACCCACAGCUAUACUUGCCCAAUUAUGACAAAUCUAUAAACAUAUAAUCUAGUUUAGUCAAUAAGACAUUAGCUACUAGGGUAAACUGUUGUGCUUGGAAAUAUUCUUUAAAAAGCAGUCCUAGUUUGUUCAAUAACGACAGCUUUCCCUUGUUUUGGUUUUGGUUUUAAUUCAUACUUUCCUGUCUUAACUCUGAAUGGUUACCCAGCCAAUUGCACAACAUUGUCAGAAAUCUUGCCCAGCUAGCGCUUGCGAGGGACCUUAGCAUUUUUUGAGACAGUCCUAAUUUUUGCAGUGAUCGCCAUUGAGAGAUCUAGGUACAAUCUAGCAACAUUCACCAACCUUGUGUCCUCUAGCACAGGCUGGGGCUGAUGGGAAUCGUCCUAAACAACUGCAGGGUGCAGUAUAAGGUUGGCAAAGACUGUACUACAGCUGAAGUCCAAAGGUCAUUUUUAUAGCCCCUCAAACAGAGAGAACCUAACAUAAUUCCACUAUGAGGUUUGAAUAUAGAACAACAGUGGAUGAUUUGAGGUAGAGAUCCUAAUUCCUCUCAGUGCAUUGAAAAGGAAAUCCAGUGACUUUGCUAUUCCAUCUCUAUGAAGGUAGAGAAGGUAUAUAUGGUUGCAAGGAGGAUGCUGAUGGUAUUUCACACUGAUUUGUGUGGGUGGAAAGCUUUUUCCAGUUUUGCUGACCCCAGCCUUCCCUUGUAUUGGAUUCCAUCUGUAUCUGCAGGGGAGAUCAUGAAUCCCACAAAAUUAAUAUUUCAUUUCAUUCAGUAUUUUAAGAAGUGACAAUGCAAUUACUGAAGUUUGUAGGAUUAUAUCCUACAGGUUUUGCCUGACUCACAGCUAAAGCGCCUGUCUAAACUCUCAUUGUUUGCACACACAGCAAAAAUCAGUUUUAAUUUAUGCUACAGGCCUGCCCUAUUUCUGGUGUUUUCUUUCAACCUAAGGAUCUGCAAACACGAACAAAAAACAAAUAAUCAGAGAUCAGCUUGGGCGUGAAAGUUUCUUGAAAUAGCCAUGCAUACCUUUCCGAUUUUACAGCCGUUGUGCAGAACAUAAGUCGUAAUCACUGUCAGAAGAGUUGUCUGGGGGGUUGGAGGAUCUGUUGCUUGCCCCUUCCAGAGCUGUACAAAAAGAAAAA